AUGCACCUACCACUCGCCUUUCUGGGCCUCAGCGCUUUGGCUCAUGCGGCCGUAAGAGAGAUCGAGUGGAACAUUACCUAUGUCGACGGCGUAUCGCCAGACGGCUCUGCAGAGGCUAAUACCAGUGUCAACAACCAAUGGCCUAUUCCUGCUCUAGACUUCGACUAUAAGGACCGGGUAGUCAUCAAGGUCAACAACCAGUUGCCCGAUGUUGACACAUCGCUGCAUGCACACGGCAUGUUCCAAAACGGCACCAAUUGGGCGGACGGACCUCAAAUGGUCACCCAGUGCGGCAUCCCUCCUGGCGGCUCGAUGACAUACAACUUCACUCUGGAGCAAAAUGGCACGUACUGGAUCCAUUCACACACCCAGGGUCAAUAUCCUGAUGGUCUUCGGACGCCAAUGAUCAUCCACAGCCCGGAAGAGGCACAACAGUACGACGAGGAGUUGACCAUCUACUUCAGUGACUGGUACCAUGAGAGUAUGGUUGUCCUCAAGGAUGUCUUCCAGUCAUACACGAACCCAACUGGUGCCGAGCCCGUUCCAAAAGCCGCCCUCAUCAAUGAUCGGGUCAACACGCAAUUCUCCGUCAAGCCCAAUACAUUAUACCGUCUGCGCUUCAUCAAUCUCGGUGGAUUUGCUGCGUUCAGAGUUUGGUUCGAGGAUCACGACAUUGAAAUCAUCGAAGUGGACGGCGUGGAUGUAGCCCCAAUGAAGGUCGAUGGAUUCACCUUGACUGCUGCACAGCGUACGUCAGUCCUGCUCCGAACAAAGAACGCAACAGACCAAAAUUUCCCCUUUGUUGGUUCCAUGAAUGAGGACAUGUUUGAUCAGGUUCCAGAGGGCCUAAAUCCGAAUGUCACUGGCUACUUGGUCUACAACUCGGAUGCCCCUCUUCCUGUGGCCAAGCUAGUGGACGAAUGGCCAACCUCGAAUGACUUUGAGCUGGUUCCUGUCGUGCCAGAGCCUGUCCGUGAUCCUGGACAUCGCAUCACGUACGAUGUGCUGUUCGACAACCUGGCAGACGGAGAAAAUUACGCCUUCCUCAAUGGCAAGACAUACAAACCGCCCAAGACUCCUACGUUAUUGACUGUCAAGGCAGCCGGUCAGCUCUCCAACAAGUCUGUCGUGUUUGAUUCUGCGAUCUAUGGUGAGCACACCAUCACCGAUAUUGUGCCACACCUCCAGUCUGUCGAGUUGUGCAUCAACAACUACGAUGCAGGCUUCCAUCCGUUCCAUCUCCAUGGCCACAGUUUCCAAGUUGUCAAGCGCUCAGCAGAGGACGAGGGUCCUUGCCCAGGUAGCGACAACACAACGUGGUACGAAACCAUCCCAGCCAACCCUAUGCGUCGUGAUGUCCUUCAGGUGCCACCUGGCGGUCACGCCGUCAUCCGAUUCUACUCCGACAACCCAGGUAUCUGGCUUUUCCACUGUCACUUGACCUGGCAUCAAAUCUCAGGCAUGCUGUCACAUAUUUUGGUCGCUCCCGACUUGCUGGCCUUGCAAGACGUGCCACAAAACACAUAUGACAAUUGCAAAGCGCACAACGUCAACGUAUUGGGCAAUGCUGCCGGCAAGUCUGACCUUUAUGACUUGUCGGGUCAAAAUGCUCCUCCUGGACCGCUCCCCGCCGGUUUCACACCACGCGGCAUCGUUGCCAUGUUCUUCACCAUCUUGGCUGCCGUGAUUGGAAUGGCUGCCAUAGCUUGGUACGGCCUGGGCGAAAUGAAGUCCAGUCCUUCACUGUAG